GCGGUAAAAGUAUAACGGACUCAAACAAAGCUGGUGUUAAAUAUGCGCAUGCGCAGUUGGCAAUUAAAACUUUAGAAACUUUCCCGAGUUGCUGCGGCGCAUGCGCAGGAAGCCGGUCAGAAGUUUGGAGGACGCGCGUAGUCAGGAGCAGGCUGCUUUAUUAAGUGCCCACAAAAAAGAAAUAAAUGAGUAUGAACGACCUGAGCUGGAGGAAAGCUGACGAGACAAACGGAUAAACAUUGGAGAAUAUUUAUAUAUAACGUAAAGUGAUUCUUGGGUUCCAAGUCAAGAGGAAAAGGUUUUCAGGAUGAUGUCAGACGCCAGUGAGAUGUUGGCAGCAGCUUUGGAGCAGAUGGAUGGAAUCAUUGCAGGCUCCAAGGCCAUAAACUUCUCCAAUGGUCUGUUCGACUGCCAGUCUCCCAGCUCGCCCUUGCUAGGCAGCCUGCGUGCAGUCCACCUACUAGAGGAUCUGCGGGGGGCACUGGAGCUGAUGGAUGCAGAUGAACGAGAGAACCUGCGUAGCCAUGUGCCCGAUAACACUGCAGAGAGCUUGGUGGAGUGGCUGCAAGCCAGACUGACUAACGGUCAUGGAUUUGCAGCAAAGGAUUUGGCAUAUCAGGAGCGACUGUCUCGGCUAGAGAAUGACAAGGAAUGUCUGGUGCUGCAGGUGAGUGUUCUGACAGACCAGGUGGAGGUGCAGGGAGAAAAGAUCAGGGACCUAGAGAUGUGCCUUGAGGAACACCAGAUGAAACUUAAUGCCACAGAAGAAUUACUACAGCAGGAGUUGCUGAGCAGGAGCACGUUAGAGACCCAGAAACUGGAGCUGUUGACUGAGAUCUCCAGUCUGAAACUAAAGCUUACAACUGCAGAUCAUGAGAGCAAGGAAAGUGAGGCCUUUUAUCAGGAGCUGAGUGAAAUGCGCUUCAGAGCUGCUACUGCAGAGAAAGAGAGAAUGCAGCAGGAAGGAAGCCUAAAAUCAACCAGAGAAGAACUGGUGGCACUGCAGAAGCAGCUAGAGGAGCAAGAGCAGGAUCUGAGGAAAUUGAAAAAACUAGCUGGAGCUGAGGCCGUAACCUCCGAUGGAAGCCAGAGCAAUGUGAAAGAUCUGGAAGUGCAAAAAAUGAAGCAGACUGUUGAGUCUUUAAUGGCAUGUAACAAUGAAAAGGACCGUAAGAUUGAAGAAUUGCAGCAGUCCCUGUUAAACUGUGGGAAAAUCCAGGACAUGGUGAUGCUGGUAAAGGAAAGGAAAGAUUGCGUGCUUUCAGACAGAGAUGAUGAAGAGGACACUAGGACAGGACAAAGUGAAAGUUCAGCCAAAUUUGCAACCACAACAGUUACUGAGACUCUUUCCCCCACAGGCACGGAGCAGACUGAUGAGCCUCAGGUGAUUCCAUGCACUGAGUUUAUCUCCGAGUCUGAACACAAAUCAGCAGCUGAUGCAGAUCCAUGCCUCCCUACACCCAGUUUCUCUGAGAGGCUUGGAGCAGAAAAUUUGUCUAGCGGAGAUGAGGCUGAGUCUAGUGAAAGUGCAGAUAAGAUGAUGAGCUCUCCCACAGUGUCCCCCUCUCAGCUCAGCCCAGGCGGGAGUGAACGUUUCGGCAGCAAAAAAAUACGCUCCUCGUUUGGACGGGGCUUCUUCAAGAUUCGGGGUGGAAAGAGAACAACCAGCUCUCCUGAUUUAGCAGCUGAGACAGAGAGGAAAAGGACUGAGCACUUGGAUCUAGCAGGAGCUCCAUCUCUCGAGCCAAAAGAGCAUGCAGUCUCACCUGAGGGCAAGAAGAAAUCUAAGGGAUUCCGCAAGUUCUUGGGAAUGAUGAGGAGAAGCCAGUCUACCUCGUCUAACCUGGACGAUGAGUCUGAGUUCAAGAGGGGCGGUCUUAGAGCCACAGCCGGGCCUAGACUUGGUUGGUCACGUGACUCGCCGCGCAGCAAUAACAAUGAGCUAGAAACCCCAUUCGCAAGCUGGAGUACAGAGCAGGUGUGUGAGUGGCUGCAGGAGCAGGAUUUGGGCUUGUACAUGGGUCAGGCUCAGCAGUGGGUCAGCUCCGGGCAAACACUAUUAAACGCUUCACAAAAUGACCUUGAAAAGGAGCUGGGCAUUAGGCAUCCUCUUCACAGAAAGAAGCUGUUGCUGGCGCUUCAGGCGCUGAGCUCAGAGGAGGGUGACUCUAAAAGCAAACUGGACUUUAACUGGGUUAAUCGCUGGCUUGAUGACAUCGGUCUGCCUCAGUACAAAGCCCAGUUUGAAGAGGGCCGUGUGGAUGCACGCAUGCUUCACUACAUGACUGUGGAUGAUUUGCUGGGUCUGAAAGUGGGCAGCGUGCUCCACCAUCUCAGUAUCAAAAGGGCUAUUCAGGUGCUGCGCAUCAACAACUACGAGCCCAACUGCCUCCGACGCAGACCAUCUGAUGAGAAUAACAUCACGCCAGAAGAGGUGUGCCAGUGGACCAAUCACAGAGUGAUGGAGUGGCUGCGCUCUGUAGACCUGGCAGAGUACGCGCCGAACCUCAGAGGAAGCGGAGUGCACGGAGGACUGAUGGUUCUGGAGCCUCGGUUCAGUGUUGAGACAAUGGCUCUCCUCCUGAACAUCCCGCCAAAUAAAACGCUCCUGAGGCGUCACCUGGCCACACACUUUCACCUACUGAUCGGUGCUGAAGCAGAGAGACUCAAGCAGGAGUGUCUCGAGCACCCUGACUACACGUUGCUCACCGCCACAGCGAAAGUAAAGCCGAGACGUCUGUCCUUCGGGGGUUUUGGAACAUUGAGGCGAAAGCGGCAGGAGGACAGUGAAGAAUUUCUUUGCCCUCUGGACGUGCAGAAAGCCCAGAACAAUGGAGAACAGUGCAUCAGUGAGGACAAACUGGAGCAGAUGGAGGACUCGGAAGGCGCAGUAAAACAGAUAGGAGCCUUUUCUGACGGGAUCAACAACCUCACUAGCAUACUGAAAAAGGACGAGCUAUUCAGGGAGAUGCCAUCUCAUUCUCCUGAUGCCACUUACACUGACUCCAGCACAUGAUCCUAAAGAAUCAGCCUCGGUUCCUUUACUGUGAUUUUUUUUUUUUACUACGAAACAGCUCCACGCAGCUCCACCCUUUUUCCCUGUGAUGGUAUUACGUUUGCGUCUGACAAUCCAAAGCAAUUGACAAGUGUGAAAUGUUUAUUUAUUCUCCUUUUUUACUGUCUCCAGCAUAACGUUUUCAGAGUUCAUGAGAAAGCAUACCAAAGACUGUAAAUGACCAAAAAUAUUUUUAAUCUGGUUUUAGUUGGAUUACAUCCUUAUUCUUAUAUUGUUUAAAUGUAUACAUUGACUGCUGCAUAUAAUUGCAUGCAUUAGUUUGUACUAAAAUUAGACACUUACUGCCUGGGGGUACAUUUGGGUAUUGAGAUAUAAUAUUCUCAUUUAAAAGGAUUUAGUCUGCACAUCAGUGUUGUUGUUUUUUUUGUUUUUAACCAAUAAUGUCCAUGUGCUGUAUGGUUUUAUGAAUUGAACUAAAUAAAAUUCUGUGAAUCUUCUUAA